AUGGAGGAGGUGGACAAGCUGUUAGACGCCAUUUGUUCGCGUGCAAUUGAAGUCCAGCAAGCCCAAGAUCCAGAAAACAAGCUUCGUCUAUUGCUGGCUCCUUUGCGGAAUCUUUUCUUCCAAAAACAGAAUGAGAUGAAGGCAUCCAGCUCAUGCACUUCCAACAACUCAAGUGAUUCCAACCCUUUAAGUUAUAUCACUGGAGCCGCCGCUAAGUUUCACAAGAUGAUACUUCGCUCACCACAAACACAGGAAAAUGUUAAUGGAAAGAAAAGUAUCACUCCACCAACGUACUUUAAUGACACCGCCACUAGGCUGCACGCAUUGGUCGUAGGUAACAAGACACUGCCAGCCAAUGUAUUACGUGGUCAACAGGAUCAGAGUGAGGCAGCUACGCGGAUUCAAGCUUUAGUUAGAGGCAAAACAGAGCGUAUGAUGCUAACUCGACAACAUAGUCUAAUGGUUCAGGGCACGAAAGUGCUCAAAAAGUACGUGCUCAAGACAGACAGAUUCCCUAAUUGUCAUGAAUUAGACACACCAAAUGGGGACAUUAUACCCAAUUUUCGACGAUUAGAACAUACCCCUGUGUACGGAUCAGCACAACCCUCCUUGGAAGGGAUUCAACUGAUUUUAAAUCGAGUUGCGGCAGAUGGAUUUACAAAAGUAGUCUGGAUCAAUCUACGUGAGGAAGCAGUGAUUUAUGUAAAUGGACGACCAUUUACGGCUCGACGCAGUGCCAAGUUAAAUGAAAAUGAUCUGGUCCCUGGAAUAACGGGACAUAAGAUUCAAGUGCUCGAAUUAUCAAUGAAAAGUAGCUUGCAGGAAGAAUUGAAGAUGGCUGACAACUACUUUCAGUAUUGGAAUGAAGUCGCUUUCAAUGAAAAUGAGCUUCUUCAUGAAACUGCUCGGCCUGAACAUGUUCUGACAUUACCAGAGAUAUAUAAAAGUGCUGAUGUGAUAAAGUAUAAUGAUGCGAUACAAAGUGUAAAGUAUUUUCGGAUCCCGAUCGAGAGAGAAAAUGCACCGGAACACGAAGAUGUUGAAACACUCAUGAAUCUGAUGGAAAGUAUAAUUAAUGAUGGAGCAACGGCUGUUGUGUUUAAUUGCCAAAUGGGAAAGCGUCGUACGACUACGGCAAUGGUACUUGGAAAGCUCAUUUACGAUCAAAGGACAUUGAAGCUUACAACUUCUCUGCAUUCUUUAAAAGAUUGUGAAGAUCAGAACGAAGCCGGAAAUUUUGCUGUUAUUCGAGAGGUGCAAAAGCAUCUCAUUCAUGGACAAGAAGCAAAGCGAUGGGUGGACACUACCAUCGAUGAAUGUGCCACUGUUUGCAAUCUUCGUAAUAUGAUCCGUGAAUAUCGUGACUUAUCAAAUGCUGAAGCAAAACCAGCAAAACGUUCAUACUAUCUACGUCACGCCAUGAGUUUUUUGGAGCGCUACUUCUACUUGAUUGUUUUUGGAGCUUACAUGAUUGAGAAUUAUCAAAAUUUUCGUGUAAAAGAAUCUGCUCCAGACAUUCAAGAGGCAAAAGCGCACGUAUCAUUUUCCAAAUGGCUCCAACAACAUCCAGAUUUGUUUCGAUUACUAGAUGAUUUGGGUGGCGUGCGGUACAAGUCGGACAAAGUAUUGACGAAUUGUGUUUUAAAAAUGGAUCACUUUUUUGGAAUCGCACGAAUCCCAUUUGAAUUGACGACAAAUGUCCCGAACUAUCGACGCAUUGCAAGCGAACCAAUUUUUGGCACAGCGCAGUGUCUGGAGCAAGGCAUUAUCGAUGUGAUUGACCACUUACGCGGUGAGUUUGAUCGCGCAAUUUGGAUCAACUUGCGAGAAGAAGCCGUUAUUUACGUUACUGGACGUCCAUUUUGUGUGCGUCACCAGGAUAAUCUGAUGGUGAAUGUAGAAUAUCCAGGUAUUGAAGUGGAUGAAAUCACAGCAAUUGAACAACAAGUCAAACGGGAGGUUCAAAAUAAAGUACGUCAAGAUAAUGGUUUGUUCAUGUAUUGGUAUGAACCUCGCGAGAUGGUGAAUGAAGAGAUAAUUGAGCAUAUUCAACCAGAGAAUGAUAUUAAGACAUUAGAUGAAAUUUAUCGUGAUGCUAUGCAAACAACAGACUUUGAUUUACGAUAUGCUCGAAUUCCAGUGUCGGAUGAAACUGCUCCCGAAGAAAAAGAUCUCGAUGAUAUGGUGCGUCUAGUGUUGCCGUCCUUUAUGAAUGAAUUGGGACUCUCUUUGUCUUCGAAUGUUGAAAAGUCAAGUCAACAGAAGCUGAAAACUGCAGUUAUUUUCAAUUGUCAAAUGGGUCGAGGUCGCACGUCAACUGCGCUCGUUUGUGUCUUUAUGCUUCGUGUGGCUCUCGAAGACUGCGUUUUAUCAAGUAAAUCGAGUCUGUUGACUGCAAUUCUUGAAUCUCAAGCUAUGGAUCAUCGACGUCAAUCAACUGCAGUGACAACAGAUUUUGUUGUCAUUCGUAAAUUGCUUAAGAUUCUGGAAAAUGGAGUAGAGAGCAAAGCAGUGGUUGAUUAUGCUAUUGAUCAGUGUCAACAUAUGCAGAAUCUUCGCGAUUGUAUUAGCCAAUGUCGCGAUCUUGCGAUGGAUCGUGAUUUUCCAAGCUCUAAGCGUGAUCUUUUCAUGUUACGAGCUGUAAAUUACUUGGAACGCUACUUUUAUCUCGUCUGCUUUGCGUCAUAUUUGUUAGAAGAGCAUCGUCAUUACUUUCAACGCACUUUAUUUGUCACAUGGAUGAAAGAACGUUAUGGUAGUGCAUUAUAUGAAUUACUCGAUAAUCUUUGCUUUGAAGAAGAGAUUGGAGCAGAAACUCAUGUAUCAUCAAUGCGCUGGCGAUGGCGUCGAAAGCGUAAACUCAUUUCACGACUCGAAUAA